GUUCGGUUAGUUUGGUGACUAAUAUUACGGGUUUGUCGGUAACGGUUGAGGGCCCCCUCCGCGAAGCCUCAGCCCUUCUGUCCUACCUUGAGGACUUUCCUGCAGUCCCUUACCCGCAAAACACUGCCACCUCUUCCUUGUCUGCUGCAGCUAGCUCACCGCAUACUGCUCUUCGUUCUUCAUCGGGCCCUGCCGUUCAGGAUCCCUUGCCGGCUCUUGAGCCCCUGAGCCUCUCGCCUACAAGGUCCGAGGUUGCUGCUACAUUCCCUGUUUGCCCGCAAGCAGUUCUGAGGUCGGCCAGUCAGCUUGGCAGCGCGAAUUUAAGUGGUGAGGAUCGUGUAAGACGGGCUUGGCAGGCUGGCUGCUGGGCUCGUGCUGUGCUGACCGGCCACGUCGGAACACCGCUGCCGUCGCCGAUUCUAUCCCUCCCAAGCCGUGUUUACGCUGUGCUUGGGGGUGGCAAUCUGGCCCCAUCUGUCUUCAAGACUUUCCGUGAGUUCAAGCAAGUUGUGGGGCCCUUGGAAUCAAGCGACAUUGUGUCGCACGGCUUUCCAUCCGAAAUUGAGGCACGUGCAUACUUCCAGUUGUAUGUGUACGAGCACCCAGUGGCCCAUGGCGUCGUGGAAGCUCUGGCCGUAAUCUUGAUGAAGCGGGAUCAUGGUUGUCUCAUUGCACUGCCGCCGGGGGUUAUCCCAGACGACGAACUUUUGGCUGGCAUGGAUGUCGGCAUGGAGGGCCAGGUCGGUCCCAACACUCAAGUGGAAGCGCCCCGAGCUUGUUUUGUUGGGGGAUCAGCAGAAGUGCAGGAUGGUGCGAGUCUAACUGUGACCCUCGUGGACUUGGGCAGAGAUGCUGUGUUUCGCCUGUUCCCUUUGGUUGCAGGCGAGGAGCCCGAGUUGCUCAGCCUUUUCGACCCCUCUACUCCAGAUAUCUUCCCCGACCCUGUCAGUUUGCUGGAGAGUGCGCAGGCAUGGGCGCGCGGCACCUUGGUCGAUGGAGAUCGUCUGGCCUUCUACUCGGCCGAAGAAGGGGAGGUCCCAACCUUGACGUCUCCUACCAGGCCAGUGCUCAGGCUUUCUCGUCCUUCAGGCCUGGGCGCGACUCCAAAGGCCACUUUGGGCACUCCUCGUGGUGGUACCGCCGCCGCCGCAAACGCCUCGCCUCCAGCCAAAGCCAAGAGGCCAACGACGGCAAACUUGGCCGCUCAGCUCGAGACAACUGCCCAGACCCUCCCAGCUCUCACUGCAAGACUGGAAGACCUGAGUGCCCGGCAAGAAAGCUACGAAGCUCGAUUGGCGGGAGGGGCCGCUGCAACCUUGGCCCUGCCGCUGGGGCCAAAGCCAAAGGACUGCCACACUGCCGUCUCUCCUUUGCACCGAGUCAGCAUGGCAGAGCAGGAGGUUUUGGAGUUUCAGGGCAGUGUGGAGGAGGAAGUGGUUCAAGGAGCUGUCCUGGCCCAGAGUCAGGCCCUAACCAUGCUGGUUGCUCAGCUGGCGCAGGGAGGCGAUCCUUUGCUAGACAAUGCGACCAGUUCAGUAUCCACCAGAAGGGCUGCUCAGAGGGCAAAGCUCCAGGAGGAGUUGGCCUCAGGUCGAGGGGUUUUCUUCAGGACUGUCCUCCAAAACAUGGCACGGAGAAUGAAUCCAGCUGUGACUCCAGAGUCCGACCCUGCCGCUUUGCUUCACCAAGACGUUUGUCUCAGCAAGUACUGGGAACGCUUCGGAGGUUUUGGAUCUCAAAGGGAUCUUGCACUCUUGGCGCAUCAGCUGGCUCACGCGCUAGACGCCAUGCAAGCAGGGCGCGUGGAAUUGGCUCAAGAUCACAUGGCGCUUAUGGCAGUGGCAUUGGAACAGGCAGUUAUGGACUCAGGGCGGAUGGACCUGGCUUUCCAGCUCACGUUGCUGGAGGAGCCACCUGCUGCCAUGUUCACUGCCAGGCCUCAGAGCAGCAUGCUUGCGCGGGCGUUCGCGCCCUUAGCAGCCCAGCGGUGGGUAACGGUGGUGCUAGGCGCCUUGAAAGAGCUGGAUGCCAUUCAAGUGAAGCGUGCCGAUUUAGUCAAAGGUGGGAAACACCAAGCCCAGGGUUCCGGGAGCCACGACUCGCAAGAAUCCGAGGCCUCACAAAGGCGGCCGCCAAAGCGACAGCCAAAGAAGAAACCGCAAGCCUGA